CGCACAUCUCCACUUCCGCUUCAUUUGGCCAAAGCGGAGUCGAAGUGGAAUCAUCGCGGAGUGUAACGGAGGUAAAACAAAGAAAACAACAUUUAAAAUGUUGAAAGAGUUGGUGAAGCAGCGACUAAUGGCGGCGGCCGAUGAAAUACUGGCGCUGUUUGAAAGAACGAUAGCGUCAUACGAGGAGGAACUCUCUCGAACGAGAGAGGAAAAGGAGCGACAUCGACAGCAACUGGAAGUCGUUAGCAAGACUGGGAUUGUGCUACACGUUGAAGACGGCCACCAGCUAAUUGGUCAUCAGGAUCGACGUGCCCCUCGGCCGCGGGAGGGGAUCUCCGCUUUGAAGCAGAAGGAUCCACAGCCCCCCUACGUGAAAGACGAAGAGGAGGAACUCUGGAUCACUGAGGAGGUUGAUCUCGCCAAGUUGCCACUGACUGUCGUCUCUGUGAAGCCUGAAGAGCGUGAAGACGAACCACAAGCAGAGCACACGUUGUCACACCCCCCUGAGGGUGAAGACGGGGACGAUACCCGAGAAGCUUUGAGCUGUGAUGCAAACUGUGACGGUGAUAUGAGGACUCGCGCUGACCACAAACACUCGGAAUGCCCUAAAAAGAAGACAGGUAAAAGUUUUACCUGUUCAGUUUGUGGUAAAAGAUUUAUUCAGAAGGUUGAUUUGACUCGACACACGAGAACACACACGGGAGAAAAACCAUUUCAGUGCUUAAUUUGCAAUAAAAGGUUCACUCAAAAGGCGCACAUGAUCUCGCACAUGAGAAAACACACAGAAGAAAAACCUUUUAGCUGCUCAGUUUGCGGCGAGAGCUUUUUUUACAAGCACUGCUUGACGCGACACAUGGGAACGCACACCACGGAAAAACCCUUCAGGUGCUCAUUUUGUUGGAAAAGAUUCACCCAGAAGGCACACAUGGAAUCACACAUGAGGAUACACACAGGGGAGAAACCCUUUACAUGUUCCGUGUGUGGUAAAGGAUUUUCUCACAAUGCAACUAUGGUUUCCCACAUGAGAACGCACACAGGUGAAAAACCUUUUAGUUGCUCAGUUUGUGGCGAAAGCUUUUCUUCCAAGAGCAAUUUGACACGACACAUGCAGACGCACACUGGAGAAAAACCCUUCAGUUGUUCAGUUUGUGGUAAAAAAUUUUCGCUGAAGUCCACCAUGGUAGCACACAUGGCGACGCACACGGGAGAAAAAGCCUUUGAGUGCUCUGUUUGCUCCAAAAGCUUUUCGCAUAAGAGUGAUUUGAUUCGACACGCAAGAACGCACACGGGAGAAAAACCUUUUCAGUGCUCAGUUUGCGAGAAAAGAUUCUUUCGUAAAUCGGUUAUGUUGUCGCACGUGAGAACUCACACAGGAGAAAAACCUUUCGGUUGUUCAGUCUGCGCUAAGAGAUUCACUCAAAAGGUAAAUAUGGAAUCCCACAUGAGAACACACGGUGGAGAAAACCCAUUUAGUGUCUCGGGUUGUGGGCAAAACGAUUCGCCAAACAAAAGUUUGACAGCCCGUGUGGCGACACACGAGGGAGAAUAAAGGUUUUGCUGUCCAGUUUGUGUUUUUAAAAAAUCCUAGAAGUGCACAUAAGUGAUCAUGAAAAUAUUCCAUAUUGCUAACACUGUACGAAAAAUCGCUGUAACUGUUGGGUGUACGUUGUAGGUGUAAAAAACAUUGAAUAUUUGAAGUUUGUGUUGCACACCUUCUUUGUAAUAAAGAUGGUUUUCAUAGUGACCUUUGCAGCUUUUCUUUGUGUAAGAGGAUCACAUUAACUCUUGCAAAUGUAUUGGAUCAUGUUAAGCCAGUGAAA